GAAAGGAAAAGGGAGAGAGGAGAGAGGAAAGAAGAAGAAAAUAACUUCAGAUCCUAGGACUGCAGUUAUCAUCACAUCUUUGGCGGUUCCUAGAGGUAGGCACCAGCCAAUUCCAUAAAGCAGGCUGAAACAGAAGUUAGACACCUGCCUUCAGCCUGGCAUUACUGGACAAUGGCAGCUGAGCGAAGGAUGACCAGGUCCCUGAAUUCUGCAGCCCAGACUUUGAGGGAACCAAAGGUGUUCCCAAUGGUAAAAGAGGAGACUUUGGACGGCACAACAAAGAAAGAAGACAGUCCCUUGAAGCAGAAGUGCUUGUCACUGGAAGCCAUAUCAAACCCUCCAGACUUUGCAGGGCCUCUCCAUCUGCCCAGUUUUGGGGAGGUAGAGAGCUCUAAGAAGGAGUACAGUCUUCCUUGGGGGCUAGGUCAGGAGUGGAUAAAGCUAGAAAGAAACACCACAGAAGAGAAGAUGCCUGUCACCUUUGAGGAUGUGGCAGUGAAUUUCACCUGGGAAGAGUGGGAAUGUCUAGAUGCCAGUCAGAGAGCUCUUUACCAGGUUGUUAUGUCAGAAACCUGCAAAAACCUGGAGUCUGUGGGAGGAAUAUUUCUGCCUAAAUCAGAUGUGGUCACCAAGCUUGAGCAAGAAGAGAGACAGAAGAAAGCAUAUCUCCAUCAGCCAAAGAGAGAAGGCCUCCCUUCAGGAGACAAGAAAGAAGAACUUCAAGAGCCAGGUCAGAAUCUGAAAAAUGAGGGGACUAGUGAUGACAAGAAAGUCUCCCUUAUUCACAGAGGGACAAGCCAGAGAUCACCUUCUGGCAGGAACUCAGUGUUCCGAAAAUCCCAACCUGGGCCACCCUUUCUCUGCAACACCUGUGGCAGGUGUUUCAGAAAGAGCUCCCACCUCCACAGCCAUCUCUCCAGUCAUCAGUUUGUUCACAACCCUAAGCAGACUAACAUCUGUAACCGGUGUGGAAAGUUGUUCUGGAGCCGCAAGGCCCUCAGCCACCACAGGCGCAGACAUCAUGGAGAGAGGCCCUUCCGUUGCUUACUCUGUGAUAAGACCUACUGUGACGCUUCUGGACUGAGUCGGCACCGCCGUGUUCAUUUGAAUUACCGGCCCCAUUCGUGCCCUGUGUGUGGGAAGUGCUUCCGGGACAGAUCUGAGCUCAAACGCCAUCAGAAGAUACACAGAAACCAGGAGCCAGUGGCUGGAAACCAGAAGCAUAUUGUGAGGAUUCCAGGCACCACAGCUGGAUUGCGGGAGCCCGUUGCCACAAGACAGAAGUCCAUCCAGGGACUUGUGAACCAGGCACCAGUGGCUAGGAUCCAGGAACCCAGAUUUAAAACUAAGAAUUCUGUGACCAGGACACAAGCACCAGACAGUAGAUCCUCCUACCGGAAUACCAGAUCCAACUCUAUUACAGUGCAACCCUCAGGAUUCAAGGUCUUCUCUUGCCCACAUUGUCCCUUGACUUUUACCAACAAAGCCUCUCUCUCCAGUCACCAGAAGGUUCACCUCACAGAGCAGCCUACCUGCUGCUUCUAUUGUGGCAAGUCCUUCAGCUCAUCCUUCUGGCUCUCCAAGCACCAGCAGACUCACUGGAAACAAAAGAUCUACCGAUGCCCCAUCUGUGACCUCUGCUUUGGGGAGAAAGAGGACCUUCUGAAUCACUGGAGGAGCUAUAAAGGCAAGGAACAGUACCUAGGCAGUCCCCAUAUAUGCUGGGUAAUUCUGGGCCAGAGCCUUGGCUGCUUUCAUGAUUCCCCGCGACUGGGAAGGAUUAGCGACAUGGAGGAAAUAGAUCUUCAGGAAUCCAUAUCCCCAGGAGAGAUGCAAUAUGGGAGAAGGCAUGCAAAGGAGACAAGGCGAAGGAGGCAGUGAGGAUCUCAAAACAUAAAUA